AUGUCCAGCCCGCCGUUCACGGUCAGAGCGGUCUUCGAGUACUCGUCGAGCCACGAUGACGACCUAAACUUUUCGAUCGGCCAGGUAAUCACCGUUACCGAGGAGGAAGAUGCCGAGUGGUACUUCGGUGAAUACACAGAUGAGUCCGGGUCUAAGAUAGAGGGCAUCUUUCCCAAGAAUUUCGUGGAAAGGUAUGAUCCUCCAGCUCCUCCACGACCAGCACGUCCAAGCAGGCCAAAAAAAGAUGCCGAGCCCAAGGCUGAGCCGGAGCCUGAGCCGGGGCCUGAGCCGAGUCCCGCUGCUAUUGAGACUCCUGCAGCGGAACCUCAGUCUCUUCUGGAGCCAGAAGCAGAGCAUGUUCCUCCUGCAGCGAGCUUGGUAAAUGCAUCCGAGCCCCUCAGGUCACCGCCGGCACCUGUGGAAACUCCGGUUAGUGAGGUUCCGUCCCCACCUCAGUUGAUGCGGGCGUCAGCUCCGCAACCUCCUCCUCCGACGGCGGCCAGUGAGCUACCCGCGCCUAAGCUUUCUUCAAAACCCCCGCCUCCUGCCAUUGUAGAGAAGCCCACAGGGUCCUCCUUCAGGGACCGCAUUGCCGCGUUUAACAAGCCCGCGGCGCCCCCGGUUGCACCGUUCAAGCCUGGGGGGUGGAGCUCCCAAAACACUACCUCAUUCAUCAAGAAGCCGUUUGUUGCACCACCGCCCAGCAAGAAUGCCUAUGUUCCUCCACCCAAGGAAGCACCCCCGAAGAUAUAUAGAAGGGAGGAGGAUCCAGAGGUUCAAGAGCGUAUCGCACGGGAAACCCCCGUCUCUGAGAGUCGGCCUGGCCCUAGUGAAAAUACUGAAGAAGCAACAGAAGACCAGCCUAAGCCAACAAGCCUGAAAGAGCGUAUUGCUCUUCUGCAAAAGCAGCAAAUGGAGCAAGCUGCGCGACAUGCAGAGGCAGCCCAGAAGAAGGACAAGUCCAAGCGGCCUCCGAAGGGUCGCACCGAAUUCCACGAAGAGGCAACAGCCCCAGAGGACCAAGGCGUGGAAAUGGCAGAGCCAAUUGAGGCUGCACGGGACACCAGCGCUGACACUCUGGCAAGCGAUACCAAUGAUGCCGAUGACUCCGCUACUGCCGACACUGAGGAUGCGGAAGAAACCUCCACAAGCAAAGAGGACUACGAUGAUCGUGCCCGUGCUGAGUCUCAACGGGCCACCCAACCUCAUGAUGAGCCAAAAUCACCGGAAAGUGUCAAACAUGAAGACGCGCGGGAAAAUGAGGAAGAGGAGGAAGAAGAAGACGACGAGGAAGAAAUAGACCCGGAGGUAAAGCGCAAAAUGGAACUUCGCGAGAGAAUGGCGAAGAUGAGCGGUGGAAUGGGUAUGAUGGGCUUCUUUGGUCCUCCUGGAGGUAUGCCUGUUCCCGGCGCAGCCCGCAAGCCAAAGCCGCAAGUGGAACCUGAGAGAAAGAAGACUGGGGACUCUGAAGGCGCUGCGCCUGCUCCGGCACCGCCAGUCCCUAUUAUGGCCUUGCCUGGGAUAAAUACCGGCAAACCAGCAGCCGUUGAGAAGGACGAAAAUGAAGCUCCGGCCACCCCUUUAACGGAGCAGCAUCCUACACAUGAAGUUCCUGAUGUCGAAGACAUAAAGCCGCUUCGACGCACCUCAACUGAUAGACCACCUCAAGAACGUCCAGCGCCUCCACCUCCACCGAUGGAAACACGACCCGUUCCACCUCCCGUUCCAUCUCACGUCCCUCAGGAUCGCCCUGUGUCCCCUCCCCCUGUGCCAGGCCCUCGCCCCCUCCCUCCCUCAGCUAAGAGCGCUACAUUGGCCGAUCCCGGUGAAGAACCUGACGAUGAACUAUCCGUACAUGCAAGAAAUCUAUCUUUAAAUGCAGUAGCUGCGGAUCAAUCUGCCGCUUCCCCGCCAGUACAGGCCCCACCAGUCCCUGGUCAUCUUGAUACCCGUCGUUCAUCAACCUAUGAUGCUACAUCUCCGAAAUCACCAACUCAUCUUUCGGAAAAGAGACUCAGUCGUCCUCCUCCCCCACCAGUUCCGACAAGUCCACCUAUGCCACCGCAAAGUAGGCCGGCCCCUCCCCCUCCUCCUGGCCAAAUACGACGCGCCUCGACUUCAGAAAGUCGAACGAGCAACGUUUCACAACCUCGCCAAGCCGGAGAUGAAAUUGAGGGUGAAGUUACGGAAUAUGAAGGUGAUUAUGACACGGACAUUGCAUCCGGGGCGAAGUUCAAAGAUGCGCUAAAGGCUCAUGGUCGGGACUCGAGCCUUGAUGAGGGUACCGUAACCGAUCAACAUCAACCUCAGUCUCCAAGCAGCCCCCAGGAAACUCGUCCUCCGCCGCCUCCCCCUCCAUCUGCCCCUCGGGCAGUUCCCCCGCCGCCUCCCGCUCAGCCACCGAAAAGUGCUGGCAGGGCCUCCAUGGAGACGCCUAGAGCCCCGCCGCCCCCACCACCGCAUAUGGAUUCCCUGCAAGGAGAGGACGAUGACGAAUAUGACCCUUACCGUUAUACCGCUCCACAGCAUGGGCUACCUCAACCCAGGGCCCCCCCUGUGCCAACAGGACGCCCAGAAUUGCCGCCUAGUAUUCAACCAGAGCAUACUGGGGAUGACUCGGAUGACUUGUAUGAUGCGUCUCCGGUGCAAGCACCACCGGAAGUACCACCUCCUGCGCCAUCUGGAAAACGUAUCUCCAUGGCGCCUCCGCCUCCCAGUCACCUACCUGCUGCGCAACCACCCCCUUCACGGAGUAGCCGUGCAUCCUUGGAUAUUCCCAGAGGUCAGCCGAAUAUCCGGAGGUCGAUGGACGUUGCUCGUCCUUCCAUAGACCAAGGUUUCAUUGCCAUGGAUGUUGAUCUGGCGGAGAGUUCACUAUGGUGGAGCCAGCCGUCUACUCCUCCACCCAUGUUUCAGAACCGCAAGGACCUGUUUUUUGAGGUUGAGGAGUCCAGCUCGUCGAAACGAGGAGGCAAAACUACAGUCACGAAAGACGUGUAUAUCUUAUUCGUAGAUUACUCUCAGACUGUCAUCACAGUGAAUUACGAUGCCCGCAAUCCCAGUGAUGUAUCUCUGGAGCAGCGUCAUGAGCCUCCUCCCCUUCAGCCUCGUCAAGACCAACUCGAGAAUGCCCACCAUCAGAUUGGCACUCAGAUCGCCAAUGCCGUAAGUGCUGUCCAAAACACGACGGUUGCGGAUGGAACCCCUUUCGGUCUGGUCCAACAUUUGCUCAACCCUAUCAAGGAGGCACUGCUCCCCGUUGGUACACGUGCUUACGGUGCCUUGGUUUAUUCCAACCUGGCCAACGCGUCCGUGCAACAAAAUGACGAGAUCCGCGCAGGUGACAUCGUGAGCUUCCGUAAUGCACGGUUCCAGGGUCAUCGCGGCACGAUGCAUCAGAAAUACAGUUCCGAAGUGGGCAAGCCCGAUCACGUCGGCAUUGUUGUUGACUGGGACGGAACUAAGAAAAAGAUCCGAGCAUGGGAGCAGGGCAGAGAGAGCAAGAAGGUCAAGGUGGAAAGUUUCAAGCUCAACGACCUUCGCAGUGGCGAGUGUAAGGUCUGGCGAAUAAUGCCCCGGAGCUGGGUUGGGUGGGAAAAUUAG